GUAGUGGUUUGAUUCCAUCAUUAGCAGUUCAUACGUCGUGUUGUUCGCUUCGGUUGCGGGAGUACUCGUAACGUGAUCAGUUCAUCGGUAGGCGGCGGAGAGGCGGAAGAUCCCUCUGAUACCUGUGAGCAACCCAGCUAGGGUGUGGUGCGCUUUAAUUUAAAACUAAAACUACUUUUCAGCAAUAUUAAUUAACUGCCCGAAUAGUUUCCGUAGUUUCGCAUAACAAAUAGAGUGAAUUCUGUGAGUGAAAGUCGUAGGAAGAAGUGAAAAUGAAUCAUUUAAAAAUUCAAAUGUUUGCGUUGGCAAUUGUGCUGCUGCCACUUGUUUGCAUCGCUCAGAGAACUCCAUCCAUUUCCUACAUCACCCAGGAACAGAUCAAGGAUAUUGGUGGCACGGUAGAGCUCGAGUGUUCGGUCCAAUAUGCCAAAGAGUACUCGGUACACUGGAUCAAAACCGGUCGCGACAGGUCCGAUGUGGUGUUCCUUUCGACGGGCAGUGCCCUAGUUCUGAAGGAUUCCCGUUUCUCGCUUCGGUACGAUCCUUCAUCGUCCAGUUACAUCCUGCAGAUCAAAGACAUUCAGGAAACUGAUGCGGGAGUGUACCAAUGUCAGGUGGUACUCUCGGUGACCAACAAAAUCACGGCCGACGUUGAGCUGCAGGUUCUCCGACCUCCAAUCAUCUCUGAUAACUCCACCCAGUCGCUGGUCGUCUCGGAAGGUCAAUCGGUUCAGAUGGAAUGUUACGCCUCGGGUUACCCUCAGCCGCAGAUUACCUGGCGUCGGGAGAACAACGCUAUCCUACCAACAGGUGGUGCUAUCUACACCGGCAAUGUGCUGAAGAUCAAUUCCGUCCAGAAGGAGGAUCGCGGAACGUACUACUGCGUGGCAGAUAACAGCGUCAGCAAGGGCGACCGACGUAACAUCAAUCUGGAAGUCGAAUUCGCACCGGUUAUCAGCGUACCACGACCCCGUCUUAGCCAGGCCCUGCAGUACGACAUGGAUCUCGAGUGUCACGUGGAAGCCUAUCCGUCACCGGCGAUCGUAUGGGUCAAAGACGACGUCCAGCUGUCAAACAAUCAACACUACAGUACGUCCAUUUUUGCCACGGCCGACGAGUUUACCGAUACGACGCUGCGUGUGAUCACAAUUGAAAAGCGACAGUAUGGCGAUUAUUACUGCCGGGCAAUUAACAAGCUUGGCCAGGCUGAAGCUAGGGUUGAACUGUUCGAAUCCGUCAUCCCGGUGUGUCCCCCGGCGUGUGGUCAAAACUACUAUGGAGGCGAUGCCAGCACGAUAACCGUCUCGAGCUUCCUGCUGAUAGUCACAGCAUUAGCGGCAAUGUUCUAGGAUGGCUUCCGCUAUCUCCCCUUCUGUAGGUGAUUUAAAUCGGUAACUAGGCCACGCCCUGCGUUUUCAUAUCACAACGAUAGAGUGUGACGGACGGCAAAGCAGAAAAACAAAAUCAUGAACGUCCUUAGGGUGUAUUUCUUAUCAGAAUCCGAGUAGGCCUUUUUCUUGUCGUCGUGUGCCUGUGUAACGAAUCAAUUUUUUUCGAAUGAAUUUUUCUAGAAAAUGAUUUCCUGGACGGGAUUAGAUCCCUCCGACCAGGGUUCGAAAACGAAACAUUCCAACCUAUUGAAAAUACGAAAAAAAGUCUCUAUUGAUGAUUGUAACAUAAAAAGUAAGUUUAGUACUAGGUCAUACAACUAAGAUAAAAAAAAGCACAAGAAUGAAACUUUAAGCUGUACUAGAAUUUAGGACGAAACCGGAUACGGAUAAAGAUUUACUAUUACAACAGUCCAUUUAGUUUAGUAUGACGAGAUCGUAAUAUUGAUGAAUAUGUUCUGGAAUCUCUGAAAAAAUAGAAUCUAGCGCCGUCCAAAAACAAAAACAUAUCUUGAAAUAGAUCUGAAAUUACAAUUUACACACAUAUCCGAAUAAUAGGUAAGUCUAGAGUAGCCCGAUUUGCAAAAUUUUUAGCAGUUUUUGUGCAGGAACAGAAUCAUUCCGAACGUCAAUGAUAGGAACAAUAACAAUAAAAACUUUUUAAGAAAA